UAAAAUCAACGCACCGGACAGACGGGAAAAUGUCAGAAAGGGAAGGAGGGAGUCGCGAAAUCAGGAAACUCAUCUUGCGAACUUUCCUAAAUUCAAUUCUCAAAGCUGGAUGCUUCAAGUAUGGAUCUAAAUCCUCACAUCAUGAGGAAGCGACUGCCGUCUCCAAACCCUUCCGAUCACACCUCCACUUCCUUCUCCUCCUCCUCCUCCUCCUCCGUCGUCAAGAGAUUCGGAUCCACCGACGGAAUGAGCGUCUCCAAGUUAGUGGCAGCUCUCAUGCUCGCCUUGCCGGCGAUCUUCUUGCUCUCCGUCGUGUUGCGACGCCCGCAGUUCGAUCUCGGCUUCGGGUUCGCCGACGCUAGAGUUCUCGUGAAUCCAGGGGACGAGCCCAUUGUCCAGAAGGAGGCGUCGGGUGAUGGGAAUGUCAACGAGGUUCUUCGAGCUCAGCUGAAUGCCACUCUUCCUGGUGAGCUUCUUUCCUUUCUCUCCAUUUCUCAUCAGCGAUGCAACUGUGAUUAUGUGGGAAGUUUAUCUUCUUUUUUUUUUCUGAUUUCAAUUUGGGUUUUUUUGGGCGGUCGAGUUGCUAUGGCUUGAUUGGAUCUUGGUUCAUCAAAUGCAUAUGGGAAAGAAACCAACUUUGCUGACCACUAGAGAUUUUGGCGGUUUUGCGAGUAAACCCUUUUUGUCUGGGUUGGUUUGUUGGAAUAAGGUUACUGGUGCUCUGUUUCCAUUCUUAGAUAAGGCUCAGAAGAUGUCAAAAUUGUUCAACCUUCUAAGAAUGCUGCUGGUGACAAGCUGCUGGGAGGACUUCUGGCUGAAGGUUUUGAUGAAGCUAGUUGUGCUAGUAGGUACCAGUCAUAUUCCUACCGCAAGGAUAGGCAUCGAAAGCCAUCUCCACAUCUCAUUGCCAAGCUCAGAAGCUAUGAAGAACUCCAUAAGCGAUGUGGACCAAACACCGAGCCCUAUAAAAACGCCGUAAAGCUACUGAGGUCAGACCAUAAAGAUGUUGAUUCUUCAGAUUGUAAUUACGUUGUGUGGAUAUCGUACAGCGGUUUGGGAAACAGGAUACUUUCCAUAGCUGCUACAUUCCUCUAUGCUCUACUCACAGACAGAGUCCUGCUAGUUGACGAAGGAAAAGACAUGAAAGACCUUUUCUGCGAGCCAUUUCCAAGCAACUCAUGGCUACUGCCAUUGGAUUUCCCACUCACCAAGCAGUUUGACGGCUUCAAUCAGGGAAACUCUCGGUGUUACGGUAAGAUGCUGAAGGAUAAAGCCGUUAACUAUUCAACAAACUCGGUGCCAUCAUAUGUAUACCUCCAUGUAGCACAUGACUAUGAUGCAGAAGACAAGCUUUUCUUCUGUGAUGAUGAUCAAUCUCUUCUCAGCAAAGUGCCUUGGCUUGUAAUGAGGACAGAUAACUACUUUGUCCCUUCACUCUUCUUGAUUACAGCUUUUGAACAAGAACUGGAGAAAAUGUUUCCUGAAAAGGCAACUGUCUUCCACUACUUGGGUCAAUAUCUUUUCCACCCUACAAAUGCUGUUUGGGGUUUGAUCACACGGUAUCAUCAGACUUACCUAGCUCAUGCAGACGAGAGCCUUGGAGUUCAAGUUAGGGUUUUUGAUCCAAGGCCGGGACCUUUCAAGCAUGUCAUGGAUCAGAUUAGAUCCUGCACUCUGAACCAGAACUUGUUACCACGUGUCGACGUGAAGGCCUCUGGUUUCACCUCAUCCAAGAAGAACCCGAAAUCGACUGCAAUAUUAGUAACAUCAUUAAAGCUUGAUUACUCGGAUGAUCUGAGGAGCAUGUAUUGGGAGCACCCAACUUCUAAUGGGGAAGUUGUUGGGGUUUACCAACCAAGUCACGAAGAGUUCCAACAGACGGAGAAACGAAUGCACAACAGAAAGGCAUGGGCAGAGAUGUAUCUUUUGAGUCUGACUGAUAACUUGGUCACGAGUGCAUGGUCAACUUUCGGUUAUGUUGCUCAAGGUUUGGGAGGCAUGAAGCCAUGGAUCCUUGUGAAGACAGAGAACGACACGGUUCCAGAUCCGCCUUGUCGCCUAGCAAUGUCCAUGGAGCCUUGUUUUCAUGCCCCUCCAUUGUAUGACUGCAAGGAGAAGAGAGGGACGGACACCGGUGCACAAGUUCCCCAUGUGAAGCACUGUGAGGAUGUUAGUUGGGGGGUUAAAGUGAUUGAUCCUGGGCAUGAUGAGUUGUAGGUAGCUGCUAUUAUUCUUUUCAUCUUAGGUUUACCAGUUUUGCAUAGCCCUCAGAACAUGAUUAUCUAUGGUUUCAAUGAGUUUGAGAUAGUUAGCAUGAGUGCAUUACAUCCAGAUUUAGCCUUCUUAUGACUUGGCUUCAUUCGGUAUGACGGAGACUGAUCAUAUUGAACAGCAAAAAGCUUUGAAUUUUAAGUAUUCCUCUCUGAACAUUUAAGGACAUUUAGGCCAUAUUCGUUUAUACAGAUGAACUUAUGUAUCGUACAUGAUAUUGAGCCUAUUUCUAAGAUGUCCAGGGAGGGAAGGGACAAAAGCAAGAAGC